AUGCUUCUGAACCCAUUCCGACCAUGCGAGGGCUCGCCAAUCUUCCAAGAGGAAUAUCGGGGCAGCUACGUACCAGAGGUUAUCGAAACAGGAUAUGGCCUCCAGGUGGUGGCGCCGGAUACUCCAUACGUGGCAGCGGCCGGCCCGGACAAGUUAUACUUCAUCGACACCCGAUUUGACCCUGAGACUGCAAAGCACGUGAAGCAACAAAUUGAGAAGGCAACUGUGCCGAACCCGGAGGAGUACAUCGCCAUUGACGAGAUUUCGGCUACGGCGGAAAUAAAAAACUCUGUGACCGGCGAAACAACAUUCGUGUUUGAUCCCCCCUAUGCCAGGGUGCUGUUCGCAAAGGGAAUGAACAGGCGCAACCCGGAGCUCAAACUGCCUGAGCACGAGCCCGCCGGUGAUUGGUUGGUGACCUACGAUUUGGACAAUAUACUGACGACGCGUGAUCAUAUGUUCUGCUAUGAUUUUGGCUGUUACUCCAACCAGGACUGCAUACGGCAGUCAAAUGGCAACUGUCGGGUCUGCCACCAGUAUAGAGUUGACAAUGAGUGUGACCAACCGCUGACUAAUGCCAUUGGCAUAUGCCGGCCACUUUGCUCGAAGGCUGUCGACAACCCAAAAGAAGAUGGAGAGACAGACGCCAGCUACUAUCAACGGAUGGACAAGUUGCACUGGGCGUAA